CUGUUUAUUUGCAGCUGGGCCAACUCGGCGGCGCAGGAGGCGGCGGAGCGCGGGGCGCUCGCGGCGGGUCCAGCUGCCGCAGCACCAUGCCCGAGCCCCCCUCCGGGCAGCCGCCGCGCGCCGCCGGGGCCCCGGUAGGGGAGGAUGCCAGACGCCCGGGAGAGGCCAGGGCAGCAGCGGCGGCGGCGGCGCGAUGGUGCUGACCACCUCUGCCCGAGGCGGCGGCGGGGACCGCGCACCCUCCCGGCGGCAGGGCUGCGGGCUCGCGCCGGCCGGGGCCGCGGCGCUGCUGGCCGGGGCGAGCUGCCUGUGCUACGGCCGCUCCCUGCAGGGCGAGUUCGUGCACGACGACGUGUGGGCGAUCGUGAACAACCCCGACGUGCGGCCAGGCGCCCCGCUCCGCUGGAGCAUCUUCACCAACGACUUCUGGGGCAAGGGCAUGGCCGAGAACACCAGCCACAAGUCCUACCGGCCGCUCUGCGUCCUCACCUUCAAGCUAAACAUAUUUUUGACUGGUAUGAACCCAUUCUACUUUCAUGCAGUAAAUGUAAUUUUGCACUGCUUAGUGACUCUUGUGCUGAUGUACACCUGUGAUAAAACCGUCUUCAAAAAUCGUGGACUUGCUUUUGUAACGGCAUUGCUUUUCGCUGUGCAUCCUAUUCAUACUGAGGCGGUGGCUGGGAUCGUUGGCAGAGCUGACGUGUUAGCGUGUCUGCUGUUUCUAUUGGCCUUUCUCUCCUACAACAGGAGUCUGGAUCAGGGCUGUGUUGGGGAAAGCUUCCCUUCCACGGUGUCUCCCUUCUUCUUGCUGUUCAGUUUGUUUCUGGGGACCUGUGCGAUGCUGGUGAAAGAGACAGGCAUCACGGUGUUUGGAGUGUGCUUGGUUUAUGACCUCUUUUCCCUUUCUAACAAGGAAGACAAGUCGAGCAAUGGGGCCCUCUGUCCAUGCAGCCCACAGCAGCCCGGGAGCCCCCAGCCCUCCUCACUGCCAGGCCAUCCUCACCGGGAGAAUGGGAAGCAGCAGCGGUUCCCUCACAAAGGAGCUUGGGGUGGCUGCCACUCUCCACUGCCACCAGAACCCAAGAGCAGUGGAUUCCCAGUGUCCCCACAAGCUGUGUGGUCCAUGAUGAGGUAUCUGAGAGCAAGCAGCAAUAGAAAUUUCCUGCUUACCAUGAGACCAUUUUUAAAAAGGGCCAUUUUGGUCCUAAGUUAUGUGCUUGUCAUUUUGUACUUCCGUCUGUGGAUAAUGGGAGGAUCUAUGCCCCUCUUUUCAGAGCAGGAUAAUCCAGCUUCAUUUUCGCCUUACAUUCUUACAAGAUUCCUCACCUAUUCCUACCUCUUAGCGUUCAACGUGUGGCUUCUGCUUGCACCUGUGACCCUGUGCUACGACUGGCAGGUCGGCAGUAUUCCUUUGGUGGAGACCAUAUGGGACAUGCGGAACUUAGCCACCAUCCUUCUGGCAGUUGUGAUGGCCUUAUUGAGCCUGCACUGCUUAGCAGCCUUUAAGAGAUUGGAGCACAAGGAGGUUUUAGUCGGCUUGUUGUUCCUGGUGUUCCCGUUCAUUCCAGCCAGCAAUCUCUUCUUCAGGGUGGGUUUUGUGGUGGCGGAGAGAGUCCUUUACAUGCCUAGCAUGGGCUACUGCAUCCUUUUUGUGCACGGACUGAGCAAGCUCUGUACUUGGCUGAAUCGAUGUGGGGCCACCACCCUGAUUGUGUCCACUGUGUUGCUGCUACUGCUUUUCUCUUGGAAAACUGUGAAACAGAAUGAAAUUUGGCUCUCAAGAGAGUCCCUAUUCAGGUCUGGAGUUCAAACUCUGCCCCACAAUGCCAAGGUUCACUACAACUAUGCCAAUUUCCUGAAGGACCAAGGUCGGAACAAGGAAGCGAUCUACCACUACAGAACAGCUCUCAAGUUGUAUCCACGCCAUGCAAGUGCGCUGAACAACCUUGGAACACUGACGAGAGACACAGCAGAGGCAAAGAUGUACUAUCAGAGGGCUCUCCAGCUCCAUCCACAGCAUAACCGGGCCCUUUUCAAUCUGGGUAAUCUUCUCAAGUCCCAGGAGAAAAAGGAAGAAGCUAUCACCUUACUGAAGGAUUCCAUUAAAUAUGGUCCAGAGUUUGCAGAUGCAUAUUCAAGCUUAGCUUCGUUAUUGGCUGAGCAGGAGAGGUUUAAAGAAGCUGAAGAAAUAUACCAGGCUGGAAUAAAGAACUGUCCAGACAGCUCAGAUUUACACAACAACUAUGGGGUUUUCUUAGUUGAUACUGGCUUACCAGAAAAGGCAGUGGCCCAUUACCAACAGGCCAUCAAACUUAGCCCCAGUCAUCACGUGGCCAUGGUGAACUUGGGAAGACUCUACAGGUCACUGGGAGAGAACAGCAUGGCUGAAGAAUGGUACAAGCGCGCCCUGCAGGUGGCACACAAAGCUGAGAUAUUGUCACCUUUGGGAGCACUGUAUUACAACACUGGCCGAUACGAAGAGGCUUUGCAGAUUUACCAGGAAGCUGCAGCACUUCAGCCUUCUCAAAGAGAGCUCCGCUUGGCCCUGGCUCAGGUUUUGGCCGUGAUGGGUCAGACAAAAGAAGCUGAAAAGAUGACCAAUCACAUUGUGUCAGAGGAGACCGGGUGCCUUGAAUGUUAUCGCCUCUUGUCAGCCAUCUAUAGCAAGCAGGAGAACCACGACAAGGCACUUGAUGUUAUAGACAAGGCUCUCCAGCUGAAACCAAAGGACCCAAAAGUCAUUUCUGAACUUUUUUUCACAAAAGGAAACCAACUAAGAGAGCAGAACCUUCUUGACAAAGCUUUUGAGAGCUAUAGAGCGGCUGUGCAACUAAAUCCAGACCAAGCACAGGCCUGGAUGAACAUGGGUGGCAUCCAACACAUCAAGGGAAAAUAUGUGUCUGCAAGAGCUUAUUAUGAGAGAGCCUUACAGUUGGUUCCAGACAGCAAACUGCUGAAGGAAAAUCUUGCCAAAUUGGAUCGCCUAGAAAAACGAUUACAAGAAGUUCGAGAAAAGGAUCAAACAUAGCACCGUUUGAGUCAACCUCACAGGAUAAUGUGGUCCCUCUGAAAGGGGAGUGAUGGAAGCCUUGCUUUCACAUCAGCAGGGGCACAACUAAUGAGAUUUUCGCUCAUUCCGAGUUCAGGGUGACACAUUUUGGGACAUCUGCUGUAGCCUAGUGCUGAAGGACUUGCUUUUCCAUGAAGGAAGACGAAAACAGCAAACAAGGGCAAGAAGGUCUGAGAGGGAAGGAGAACGACAUUAACACAUUUUACAGAUUUUUGUUUGGUUUAACUCCAGAUUUCUCUUGAUAGAUCUCUGUGCUUUUGAGACCUGGAGAUCUAAUUCUGUUUAGACAUUUUUUGUCCCAGAAAUACAGAAGCUUGAAAUGCUGUGAAGGCAGAGCUUCUACUCCUUAUGGGAUGAAAUAUUUCAAAAGAGGAUAAAUCCUCUGUGGUAAGCCAUUUGGAAAAUCCUACCAAGAAUUGGCUUAUUUAAUUCUCCAGAACCAGAAAUGAGUAUCUAAUAGCUUUUGUAGAACCUUCCAGAAUAUGUGGGGAAAAAGGGCUAUUGCUAAGUGAGCUUUAUCUAAUAUCCCCCUAAGAGUAUUACUAGUGCUUUUUUGAGAAAUUAAAGGGAUGCUCCUGGAAUUGUAUAUGGAUGUCUUCCUCCCUAGGGGGAAAUCAAGGAGCCGGGCACCCCUGAUUCUUUAUGGAAGUGUUUAAAACUAUUUUAAUUUUAUUACAAGUUUUACUAGAGUAGUGGUUCUACUCUAAGAUUUCAAAAGUGCAUUUAAAAUCAUACAUAUUCCCGCCUGCAAAUAUAUUGUUAUUUUGGUGGAGAAAAAAUAGUAUAUUCUACAUAAAAAAUUAAAGAUAUUAACUGACAGAAAUGUCCUACUUUAUUAUCUUAAUGUUCAGACAUCAUGAGAUUUAUUAUUUUUUGAAAAAUAUAUUUAACCAUUGAGGAACCUUUAUGAUGUAUCACAGAAAUCUUCAUAGAUUCUAACUAGAUGGAAAAAGAGCUCUAUUCAUUUGUGUUCCUAGGCUUAAUGAGAAUUCUGGGCUUAGAACAUCAAUGAUUAAUACCUAGAAUUCUUUGUUUUGAGAAUAUUAUGGAGAAUGCUCUAAAAAUCUAGGGUAAAGAUCUAAAUUCAAAUUUUAAAUAUAUAUUUAUAUUUAAGAGAUAGGGAAGGCAAAGUUGAACUCACAAUUUGACAUUUAUUUUUAGUGUUAUUUAUUUCAUAACUUAUAAAAUAAUUAAUAUAUAUACACACACACUUUUUUCUCUGUACAGUGGUUUUAAUAUCAGCUUUCAAAACUGAUCUUAUAAAAUGUAAAUCUAAAUUGUAAAAUAGUUAAGUUUUAACAGUCCAUUCCAAAAUUUGUGUUGAUUAUUCACUUGCUAAAGAGAUGUGAGGAAUCAGCCUUCAGUGUUUUGGCAGUAGUAUGUUUUGGAAGUGAAGAAAUUGGAACACCUGAUUCUAAUUUGGUCUUCAUCAUUAAAAACAAAACCAAAACACUCCAGGCAGUACUGUUUGUAGUGCCGAGCCAGGUAGCACUCAGACAUAAUAGCCUAAAAGCUCACAUAAUUCACAUGCUCAGGCCAGGGCAGGGUAAAAAUAGCCUUCUGCUUCUUUCAACCCAGUAUCAGGAAGCACUAGCCCAGUGUUAUUAUUUGUUUUGUCAAGGUAAGUCUAAGUAAACAAGAAAAAUUUCCACAGAAGGCGUGGCGAGGGGAGUAUUUUAAAUGCAAAUGAUUACAGAAUUUGAAUUAGCAUGUAUCUCUUUGUGUGCAUCAGUAAUCCAAUAAUGUAUAUAUUACCACUACCAUCACUUGUUUCUAAUAGAUUUUUCGUGUUAUAUAACAUGAAUGUAUCCACAACCUUAAUUAAGAUAUAUUCUUCCUCCCAAAAUCAUAGUCCUAGGGUCAAGAAACAUACUCCCGUGUUUAUUGUAAAAUAACAACCCCACCCUCAGGUUGAAAAAACAUGAAGCCCUAAUGUCUAGGACUUUAUUACAACUUUUCAGAAUAAUCUGUGAUGAAAACUCAUGCUUAAAACUUUAAUGGAAAAGACUGAGCCCCAAAUUUUGAACAGUUAUUACGCCUUACUUGAAGUGCUAAUAAAGAUAGGAGAGUACAUUUGUUGGAAUAAUGGAAAUGGUGAUUUCAACCUAAAAGUUUCUGAGGGUAAAGGAUCACAUGACCUUCAGGAAACUUUGUCUGCUUCCUGGUAGGUGCUUUCCUAUCUCCCCCUAUCCUUCCCUACCCCUUUUCCCUUUCCUUCCCUCUCUUUUUCUCUCGCUGUCACUCUGUCUACACACACUGGCAUCUUUUGAACACUAAAAGUAAGCACUCUUUUUUAAAAAAGUAAUUAUUUGUUGGAUCAGAUACUUUUAUCCCAAGUGAAUACCUUCACUGAGAUGUGGCCAAUGCAAUAGUUUCACAGUUAAAACAGUGCAUAUAAGAAAAUAAAUCACAUACUAUUUUUCAAAGAUAUUAAAUGUAUUUUGUAACUAUUUUCAUUUGGUCCUUGUAACACGAAAUAAUACAUGGAACUUAUCUUUAUAAUAAAAAUGGAGUGCCCUCGUUCAUCAUAGAGGUGCAUCUAGUUUGCCCUUAAUGAAAGUAUACUUGCCCUGUGGAUUGAUAGCACCUUCUUGAAAUGGAGGAGCACAGCUGGCUUCAUGGAUGUGCAUUUUUUGCAAUCCCACGGGGCCCUGCACUCUGAAGCAUGCUGAGCUCAGUUGAAUGUCUGAUUUUUACUUAUUUUUUUGAGACACAGUUCCACUUUGUCUCACUUUGUCACCCAGGAUGGAGUGCAGUGGCAAAAACAUGGCUCACUAUAACCUUGACCUUCCUGGCUGAAGGGAUCCUCCCAACUCAGCCUCCCAAGUAACUGAUACUGCAGGCAUGUGCAAGCAUGUCCAGCUAAUUUUUGUAUUUUUUGUAGAGACAGGAUUUCACCAUGUUGCCCAGGCUGGUCUCAAACUCCUGGGCUCAAGCGAUCUGCCCACCUCGGCCUCCCAAAGUGCUGGGGUUAGAGGCAUAAACCACCAUGUCUGGCUGAAAUUCUUAAUAAUUCUUAAUAAUUUUCGAGCAAGAGGUCCACACUUUCAUUUUGCACUGGGUUCCUAAACAGGUUCUGGGUAGGAAGGAAAGUGGCUGAGGAUAAAACAGGAGUUGCUUUGGCCUGGCUGAACAUUUGAACCAAUGAUCAGAGUUUCAUUUUAUGAUUGUGUUACUCUGAACAGCUUUGUUAUUUUUUUCCAGCUACAUUUAGAGUUCCUCAUGUAUAUAUCACCCCUCUUUUUCCAGUCCAUCUAACCUCUCCUUUUUUUUUGUACCUAGAAUCAGUUCUUCUUGCCUUCAAAAUCCCUGAUAAGUGUCCAUUUCUUUAUGUAUCCUUUGAUAUAGAAGCCACAAGAAUGGCCUUAGCAGCUUAUUUGAACCUUAUGAAUUAUUCAUUCCGGAUUUUUUAAAUGAUUCAGAUGCUUUCGAUCUGUUAACAGUAUUUGUAAAACAUGUUUCAGUGAUACCACAUAGGUGAACUAAACCAAAGAUGCAAAUGCCUUGGAGGAAAAGAAGUUUUAUUAUAGAGAAUCCUGAGAUAUAUCCUUUUGGGUUGUUUAAUUUAAAGCCUAUCACAAAACAAAGAGAAUUGUCACACUUUAAUUCCAACCUCCUCCAGUACUUCACAACCCUUAGCAUAAGAAUCUGAAAUUUGUAAUAGGUGGUACCUAGUUUGAUGCAGUGUUUUGCAGUGGUUGUGCAAAUGCCUUGUGAAACGGUUUUUCAGUCAGACUAAAUGAGAAAAUCCAAACUGUCCUAUCAAAACUGGCCCGCAAUAACUGUAAUGUGAGGAGAAACAAAGCAAAUGUGCGUUUCCUAUUGUCGUUGUAAGACAUUCCAGGUUCUCAGAUGGAAGAGCUACAUUCAGCUGAUAGCUGACAUCUGUUCCCUCACACAUAGUGGCUGUCAACACGGCUGCACUUUGGAAUCACCUGAGGACCUUUCAGAAUCUCCGGUUGAAUCAUCCUGGCUGUCCAUGAUUCCAAUGUGCAGCUAGGCUGGAGAACCGCUACAAGUCUGAUAACUGUAAUGGGAGUUUGUAACUUUUACAAAAUAAUAGACGUUUAUAAUCUUUUGCAAUUUUUACUUUUAAAUCUAUACUAAAAUGAGCCAAAGAAGUCUUAACAAUGAUUUAUGGCACAAUUGGUUGGUUGAGGCUAUCGUUCCAUGAUUCACAAAUAGGUGGUUAUGUGGGGUGGUUUUGCACUUGUGGCAAUUGGAUUACAAUUUGGCCUUAAAAUUACAGAAUUCCUGGUUCUCAGAUGGAGAGGAACUGCCUUGAAAUUUGCAUGUACCAGACUAAGUGCCCAGUAUAUAUGACUGAUAUUUUCGUAACUCAUAGAAGGUGUCCGUGGUAUAGAGUUUAUGCCUACAUCUCUAUCUUUAUUUGGGGCACACAUGAGCUUUUGUUAAUUAUUUCUUACUCGUACUUGUUAGAAUCUGUUUAUGGAAAAAAAAAAGAAACUUUUGCUUUGAUUUUGUGGUGGAUUCACCUUCUUAAAAUAAUAAAUCUAGAGGAUAUUAGGAACGACAUUCACAACAAAUAUAGUUAGAGGUUAUUUUUUUAAAAUUUUUGUUCCUGGUUUCAAAAUUACAUUUACUUUGAUUUGAUUAUAUGUUGGUAUCUCCCAAAUAUAGCUUAACUUAGCUAUCUAGAUGGUAUCUUUUGACAUUUGAAAAGAAUAAAUACCUGUCAAAUCUUGCAUUUAGGCUGCAGUUGAAUAAAAUAAAAGCUUAGGGUGUCAAAAAUAAGAUAGAGAAAUAUUAUAACAUUUUAUGAUUAUUCUUGAAGUCUUUGAUACAAAAGGAAAAUAUGUUGAAUAGUUCUUCUAAAAAAUAUUAUUUCCCUCAAUAUUUCAUUUGUGGCCAUGUAACUUAAAGAGAACAGAAAAUAACUGCAAUUAAAAGCAUGGUUUAUUAUCAAUCAAAGUGGCACAACAGAAUUGAUAAGAUCUUUAUAACAAUCAGUUGGCUGAUAUUAAAAUAUUGAUUUUAAUUGAUCUUUUUAAUUAAAGUCUUUAUGGCCUGUAACUCAUAAAAUCAGCAUCCACCACAAUAUAUGCUCAUUAUUGGUUUGUAAGCAUAGAUCACCAUUGACUCCCACCUGGAAAGACACAUCUAUGUCUAAAAAUCCAGUAGUUUCUUCGCAUUCUCAGUAGUACACAUUGUAUAUGUAUAUGUAUCAAAUUUGGUAGUUUUCAAUAUGUGUGAUGUCCUUUGGGGGUUAUUUAUCUUGCUGGUCCAUAGAAGGGGUACACUAGCCCAAGAAUCAAGACAUCUGAGUUCUAGUUCUAGCUCUGCCACUGAAGAGCCACCUUACCUGAGCCAAGUUGGCCAGUGUCUCAGUCAUGUUUACCACCCAUGAAAGGACUGGUUGGUUUGAUGUUUCCAUUAAGCUCAAUGAGUAACUCUAAUGGUUACUCUUGAAUCUGGAUUGAAAAACACUAUGCAUCUGAUGAGAUAAUUCAUAACUGUUGCCCUUCUUUAAAUGAUACAACCCUAAAAGUGACUGAAUUGCCCAAAUGCUUGAACAUGGCGGAGGUAGUUACUCUUAUUUUACAGUCUGUGCACUUAAAAAUUCCUACAGUGAUUGUUACUUUACUGGGGAAAAAAAGAUGAGGUGAAACGUUCUCCCAAGGAAUUAAAAUAUCUGUAGAAGGCAUGGCUUGCUUUUACAAUGUGGAAAUCAUUUGAUUUGCUGUAAUUCAUGCAGAUCCCUCCUUUUGUCAGGGGGAAAUGAUUUGCAUCCUGUUCUUUUUUCGUACUUCCUGUUUUGAUCAGUUGUAUGUAAAUGUACAUUUUUGUUACUUUGGCUGUGCCCGUUAGAAUUUAUCUUCCAUAAAGUAUUUCUCCCAUUGAGUCUAAUGAUGUAUACUUUGCCUAGGUCUUUCCAAGAUUAAAUUUAUGUAAAUGUCUAUUUUAUAUAAAAUAUGAUUAAAAUAAGUAUGUCUGGU